CACUCUACAAGUGGCUGCAUUGCGAUGCUACAUUCAACGAAACGACACUGAACUAUGAAAGCAUCACCAAGAUAGGUUAACAUUCCCCGCUUAGAGCUCUUUCUAAACCUUUGAGGCAAUGACAGGAAUCUACUGCCGAACGAUGUACGCCUUCAGCGGAGAAAAUGACCGAGCGCUCAAGUUCGAAGUGGGAGAAAUGAUCGAGCUCUUGCAACCACUGGACGGCGGGUGGUGGGAAGGAGCGAUAGACGGAGUCAGAGGAUGGUUCCCUGCUAAUUAUGUCAAAGUUCUGGAGAAGCCUGUGGCCCCACCUCUGAGUGCACCAGAGGUGACAGACAACCAGACUCUUCCCCAGGGAUGGAGGUGCUACCUGUCACCUGACGGACACCGCUACUUUGUCAACUCCACCACCAAAGAGACAACAUGGAAGCGGCCUUCCUGCACCUCCUCCUCCUCCACUGUGUCUCCCAAGAGCCUCCUGCCAAGAGCCUCGUCCUCAACCAGCACCUCCUCAGUGAACGGAUGCCAGGCCAGCAGGAGUCCUGCGUUGCCGUUGGAGCUGCCCGAUUUGGCUCUCCAGAAAGCCAGCCUGGACAAACAGAGUCCGGGCUCCACCUCCCCCGCCAGGAGGCAGAACAAGGAGCGCGAGAUCAAGGAGACCAAGACGACCAUCAACGGCGUCACAUUCCCACUGCCUAUGAGCAUGCCUGAGCAGCAGCUACUGAAGCCCAAUGAGUGGAGUUACUGUGACUAUUUCUGGACGGAUAAGAAGGACCCCCAGGGAGGAGCGUGUGUGCCUGGUUUUGAGGUGCUACUGCAGAAGCAGUUCAAGGGCAAGCAUCUGCAGAAGGAGAUGGCAGAGUUCAUCCACGAGAGGAUAAAGAUCGAGGAGGAGUACGCCAAGAACCUCUCCAAGCUCUCCCAGAGUCCACUGGCUGCCCAGGAGGAAGGGACACUGGGCGAGGCCUGGGCUCAGCUCAAGAAGAGUCUGUCUGAUGAAGCUGAGGUCCACCUCAAGUUCUCCUCGAAGCUGCAGAGUGAUGUGGAGAAGCCUCUGCUGACCUUCCGUGGGGACAACUUCAAAAAGGACUUGAAGAAGUACGAGCACAGCAUCGCUGACCUCAGGAAACAGCUCCUCAGCCGCUACGCCGGCGUGGAGAAGGCCCGCAAAGCCCUGGCUGACCGGCAGAAAGACCUGGAGGUGAAGACUCAACAGCUGGAGAUCAAGCUGAGCAACAAGACCGAGGAGGACAUCAAGAAGGCCCGGCGCAAAUCCACGCAAGCGGGAGAUGACCUCAUGCGCUGCGUGGACCUCUACAACCAGGCCCAGUCCAAGUGGUUUGAGGAGAUGGUAACGUCUGGUUUGGAGCUGGAGCGUCUGGAGGUGGAGCGGGUGGAGAUGAUCCAGCAGCACCUGCGCCAGUACACCACCCUCAGACACGAGACCGACAUGUUCAACCAAAGUACAGGCUGCUGUCACCAACAGCGUGCAGAGAAGCCAUUCAACAGAGAGUCAGUCACCACCACUCCAGAUCUCUUUGGAGUAGAUACUUUGGAGCCUGUUGACCAGCUUCUGCAGAGUGUGGACCCAGCCAAAGACAGAGAGCUGUGGGUGCAGGAGCACAAAACGGGGGACGUGCGUCCUGUGGACAUGGACAUUUAGUGGACGCCCGUCCCUGCUGGUACCACAGACCUGCCAGUCGGGUGGAAUUGGGUCUGGUGUGCAUGAGUGGCUGUGACAUGUGCAGGUACCCCUCUCCCUCUCCCUCUUCCUCCCCCUCGAUCCAUCACUCCCUCUCCUGGCCCAUGCGUCCCAUAAUGCCUCUCUGCAGGCACUCUACCCUCUCUACUCUUAUCAUCCAUGGCAUCUCCCAACGUCAGCAUGGACUUCCCAUAAUACAUCUAGUGUCUGAGCCAGACUGCAGAGCAAAGGGUGCCCUCUAGUGGACUGACCAUGCAGCUUAUUUCACUGGUGUUGACAUCAUGACAGUGGCAUCACGCUUCUGUGUAAAUGGCAAUUCUACAAACACCACAGUUUUCCUCAAGGGCCUCUCCUUUAAUAUAUUUUUUUUUCUUCCUCUCUUUCUCUAUAAUUUUCUUUUCUAGUCUCAUAUUCUCUUGUCUUUCUUUCUUUUAGUCUUUCUUUCUUCCUUCUUUUCUUUGUUAUAGUCUACCCUUAUUGGUCAAACACGAAACAGCAUCACUCUGUCCAGUGAUUUUGACAUUUUGAGAGGAAAUGCUAAAGAAGCCUGUUAGUUAACAGAAUUUUCAAGCACUUGACAUACUUUGGGGAGGAGGCGAUAACAUUUGUGUCCACAUGGCUGAUACUCUUCCACCAUUUUGAAAUUCCCCACCACCUACAGCAAAAUGGAUACCAGCAGAUAUCAGACAUUGAAAGUAAAAUUGUGUGAUUUAGUCUCAUGCAUAGAGAGGACAGUUCAGAAAACAUUCCGUAAAUCAAAUAUCUAAGUACAGGCAUACUGUUUGACAAACACUGAACAUGAAUAUAAAAGAAUAACAUUCUGCAUGAAUAUUAUAUAUUUAUAUAGAUUUAAUUUACUGAAAGAUGUAUACAAAUUUUUCAUAGAGGAAUGUACAGUACAUGAAACUUUGUGGGGGAAAUGACUAAAACAUUAUUUUGACAUUUGUGAACUGUUUAUGCAGUCAGUUUAGUGUUCUUACUGAUAAUUGACAACUAAUUGACAACUACACAGAUUCUGUUACAUUUUAUUACUAAUUUAUACCCUUAUAGAUAAAUAUUAGUUAAAUAUGAAUCUCAAACCUAAAUCAAGCACAGGGGUUUGUAUGUGGCCUGUGUACAGUAUGUGAUAACUUCGCUGGCUGUCUCUACUCACCUGUCUCCCAGAUCAAAACAAAAACAAACCUUUGAGAUAUGAACCUGACACAGGACUGUUGCCCAAGCUGACUUCUGACUUCAGAUUCUGGUGCCACCACGUUGACCCAGUACAUAGUUCCUAGCCACGUCAGCCACGUGAGAUUAAUUGUGUGGCCCUUCAGCUGUCGGCUUGUAUGUCCGGUCAGAAUGUAACCCGCUGAAGGUGUUUUUUUAUCCAUCGUUUGGGUGUACAUCACCUCUCUCAUCAGGCCAAAUCCCAGUAAGCAGCAUGAUGUUACCCAGGUUCAGCGCAGGGGUCACCUGAUCCCAGGUCAUAGUUCAAAGGUUAAAGGUGAAGCAGAUGUGACUUAAAAUGGUGGCUUUUGUUACAAUGUACACCUUUUAGUGCCUAAAGGUCAAAUGCCUUGGAAUGUUCGUGAUACAGUCCAUGUCAUAGCUAUAUAAUUGAUGCUUGUAUGUAUUUGUAAAUACAGUUUGGGAUUUUUUUUUCUUUGACUAUGUUCUUUGUUUUGUUUUUGUUUACUCUUCACAGUGGGGUGUGCUAUAUACAAUAAUAUAAAUUCUAUUGUAUAAACUCUAUAAAUUUGAUAUCCAUGUUUCUUGUUUAUGAUAUUAUUACCAUUACAGAAAAUAACAUGUGAUAUUGGCACACAUUUGUGGCACCCCAAAUCCCUCAUGCAAAUCCAAAGUCCCUAAAAUAUCUGCUUACAAGAAGUCUGUUUAGGUUGGUUUGCUCAAAAAAUGGAUUUUUACUAAAACGCGCUAAUCUACCAGACAAUUUGACUCAACGUAAGGCCACAGGCAGCCUUUCCCCUAGGUGUGCAUCCAUGCAAUUCAUGCAGACCUAGUGAAAGCAUGGGAUAAUCCCAAAUGAAUGUGUGGGAUUAGGUUGCUGUGUUUUGGUUAGAUGAACUGGCAAACUGCACUAAAACACAGUGAACAAGCAUCUUGUCUUCUUUUGUUUUAACGUGACGUGACACAUAACAAAAGCGAGAGACUGUCACAAGGAGUUAUGAGACUCUCAGUAACAGCAAAGUCCUUUUAGGCAAGUCCCUCCACUCGGCGGCCAUAUACCAACGUUUUAUGGGCACUCAUCGGGCACAGU